AUGGCGUUGAAUGUCGGCGAGGACUGGAAAACAUGCAGGAAGAUGUUAAGUAUGUUACACUAGACAUCUCUCCAUUUUUCUAAUUUUUAAAAAAUUUUUCUCUGACUUUUUUUGGUUUUAGUUGAAGAAGUUUAUGGGAAAGCUGAAGGGCCAGUUCAAGAGUUUGAAAUCGGUGUAAAUAAGGUGUUCUCCAAGGUAAAACAUCGAAUUCUUUCUUGAUUGUUGUUUAGGACAAGUACGAGACUAAACAAUUGAAAGCAGAUGAGUUAGAACGACGGACAUUCCUGGAUUUUAUUCAGGCUAUGAAGGUAAGUAUUUUAUCUUGGUGUCAUCUGCGUUUAGGCUAAAUAUGGGUGAAGCUGGAUAGUUUUAUGGCCCGAUCUUACACUUGCUACCAAAUUUUAGGUAGCUUGGAAAAUUUUUGGUUAUUGAAGCCGAAGCUCUUUAAAAAAAGUGUCGCUAGGAAUAUCUUAGAGACUGUAACCUAACUUGAGCGCCUUCUGCAACCUGAACGAUGUUGUUUUUGCCAUUAAAAAUACAUUUUUUCUUUUGUCAAUAACUAAUCCAAGUGUAAGAUACAAAAUCCAGGAUGCGCAAUCCCAAUAUGCUUAGGCGCAUGUAUAAACAUUUUCUUAGGGCUUUUCAACAGUUACUUUCGAAUGCCACCGGAUACGAUCAGAAGAAACGGGAGAAAUUUCAUUUGUCUGGUCGCUAAACGACAUCUACAAGAAGAAAGUCAAAGACUUCCUCAAUCUCGCGCUUACUAUUGUAAAUCAAUUUACGGAGAUCCGACAAUGUCUGCAUGGUUCGUUUUACCUAUUUUUUGUUUGUUUUUUUGGCGAAUUUUUAUAACCGAUACCUAGUGUAAUAUAAAUUUUCUUCCAGAAAUCAAAAACGCAUAUCAAAUAUCGGGGAAAAUGGUGCUAGCUCUCGCAAAACAGACCGAAAAGUCUGUUUUUACCGAUAUUGACCAAGUAAUCGACAAAUUUACUAACAACAGGCAGAGCUAUACAAUUGGAGGCGUUAUACGACUUUGCCAAGACCUGGAAAGUCCUCUAAAAUUGCUGUUGGAGCUUCUUCAAGACGUUAUUGACGUAAGCCCAUUUUUAUUUUUUUUUUUUUGUUUUUAGGAAAAAAUCUUAGCCUACUCCAACAUGUUAUACUAGGUGAAAGAAGUUGUAAAACUACUAUCAAAUCUUGUCAAAAAUUACCUCGUAUUUUAGAGCGGUUGGACUGGCGGUCAAUUUUUCGACAUCCUCCAUCAAAAACAACAGGAAUUAGUGGGAGAUGACGACUUAUAUCAUCAUAUUAUACAUGCCACAUACAAGGAUUGUAACGAAAUAAUGGACGCUUUUAUACGCGAAUGGGUCCGAUUUACCAGCACGGAUUCGGAUCCGUAUUUCGAGUUUUUUAUCUGGGAUUUGUGCAAAAUGAGUCUAGUCAAGGACGGAGAAAAAAUUGAUAAGGAGAAUCCGUGAGUAAUUUUUUUUUGUUGCUUGAAUUUUAGGAUACAGUACACAAUGAACGAUAAGAUGACGUUAUGAGUUUUCAGGCCUUACCUGAAUUCCGUGAACAUCCAAAAACUUGGUCAUAACAAACGAUCUCACGAACUUUUCGCUAAAAGAUUUGUAAUAGCCGAAGGCUUAUGCCCGCAAAAGUACAAAAGCAUCGUUAAAACACUGGUCAACAUUGGGAAGUACAAAUACUAUCAGGAAAAAUAUUUUGAUUGUCAGUUUUUAUAUUGUACUAGGCAGAAAUUGAAGUUUUUUGAAAAAAUUUGUUCAAAUGGAUGAGACUGAUACCUUAAUGUUCGGAACCUUUCAUUUGGAGCAGAUUUCAUUUGGAAAAGAUCGGAAAUUGGCCGAAUAUGUAUAGCCAAUGUUGCAAAAUUGUUUGCCCAGCCAAUGAGUUGAAAUCACAACUAAUUUUUUAAUGGCUAGCCAAAAUCCCGGAUCGGCUGGCCAAAGUGUCAGAAUGGCUUUGAAAUCUCGAAAAAAAACUAGGCAAAAGGUUGGAAUAGGUGUGAAAAUAGGCAUAAUAAAAAAGGUUUUUUAAUGGACAGCCAAAAAACUGGAUCGGCUACCCAAAGUGUUAAAAUAUUUGCAGAAAAUAGUAUUUUAACACUUUGGUUAGCCGAUCCAAGUUUUUGGCGGGUCAUUAAAAAAUUUAUUAUGCCUAUUUUUACACCUAUUCCAACAUUUUGCCUAGUUUUUUCGAGAUUUCAAGGCCAUUCUGACACUUUGACCAGCCGAUCCAGGUUUUUGGCUAGCCAUUAAAAAAUUUGGUUGUGAUUUCAACUCACUGGCUGGAAAGAAUUUUGCAACAUUGGCUUUACAUAUUUGGGCCAAUACUAGAUCUGCUCCAAAUGAAAUCUACCCCAAAUGAAAGGUUCCGAACAUUAGGGGAUCAGCCCCAUCCAUCUGAACAAAUUUUUUCAAAAAACUUCAAAUUCCGCAGAGUACCCGAUCUGCCCCAAAUGAAGGGUAGCCCUAAUGAAGGAUGGUCAUAAUGUCAAGUAAAAAAAUUGAAUUUUAGCCAAGCAGACUGAAGAAGAAGACGAAUUGGCGGGCCUAGGGACGAUGGAAAUGGUUGAACGAAGUUAUACUCGAAAUGGCCAUGCAAUUCUCAAAUUGGCCAAUGCUAAAUUUGGAUUGUGGAAUUUAGUGGAGUAAGAUGAUUUUUGACAUUUAAAUUUUUUUUUAUUUUUCCGUGCGAAAUGCAGAUUUUUGACAGUGGCAGGCUGCGCCCUGACUUUAAGUCAAAGUCGCCGCAAAUCGUGAGAUUUUGAAUGGGAAUCACCAGGAACGGACGAUCCGACGUAUUUUACAAUAUUUUUUAUAUUUUACAGUAUUCUCUAGGUGUAUUUAUGUCAAAUAUUCAAAUUUUUAUGCAAAAUUUUUUGGGGGUUUUUUUGAUUUUGUCCAGAUUUUGAGGGAUUUUCAUAUUUUAGGCUUAUUUUUACCCUGUUCUUACCCAAUUUUCGUUCCAGAGCCCUUCCAUCUUACUUCUGGGGAGUGGAGAAGAACUGGAUCGAACGGUUCAUCCACCUAACCGAAGACGAAGACUCCUUUGAAUGCAUGGAAAUCCCCACUGGAAGACUGGGCCAAAACCAACUCAAAGCCAUCUUCAAAGACGCCAUAUCCCACUCUCACAUCGCCGACAAUGAAUUCAUCAAGAAUUUCACACUAACCAUUCCAGUCGUGGACAUCCACGACUUUUGGCAUCGACCCUCCAAUGAUUUGCAACGCCAAAAGAUUGUUGAAAUGGAACUGGACUACGCGACCAGCCCAGCCUUUAACUUGGUUUAUCCUCCGAGCGUAAUUGAGAUUUACAGAGGACUUUUCAGACUGUCCCAUGCCUUAAGGCGAUGUAUUUUUGUUUUGUUGAGGUAAGUUGGGAAGGUCGGAAAAAAUGGUCGAUAAUUCGGUCGGUGUAGAUAGUAGAUGGAAGAUAUUUGGGAUUUAGAGAGCUCAUGGUGCCUAAUAUGGUGGGUAAAAAUAUCAAAAGGAUUGAUUGUCUUGUUAUUGAGUUAUAGCCUUAUUAAUUUAUAUGACUUUAGGCUAAAAGCUGCCUAUCGAUGGAGCGCAAUGCCUGAACCGAUGCCUCGAACAGCCGCCAAAUUCCCUAGAAUAGAAGACAGGACGGUCUCGGCCUUUAAACAUCGGCUUCAUCAUUACGAGGAAGAAAAUAUGGCACUUGUGUCAGUCAUCAGAUUCCUGGAGAACUUUUAUGACUUUGUCUUUGAAUACGUGGUCAAAAAAGAGACGUAUGAACUGGUUGAGAGGAUAAGACAGGUGAGCGGUGGUUGUGGGAAUGCUUUUGGUUAGAUUGGAAGUGAUUUAGAGAGGUUUUGGCGAAAAUCAUGUUUUCGUGGUGGGACACAAAAUUUUGAAUUUUUGCUUUUCUGAUGUUAGGAUGAAUAAAAAUAACCCUUAGAAGGUUAGAAAUUAAUUUUUUACCUGGGUUUGUCAGAUUUUUCAAAAUUUUGUGUCCCACCACGAAAACUUGAUUUUUCGGAUUUUGUAUGGUAAUCGUAAAAUAUCAACCUGUAUGACUUCCAGGCCAAGCAUAUAGAAGAAUUCGUCAAAUACCAACAGUAUUACGUCGACCGAAUCCGCCAAAAAUCCUGCACGAACGACGGGAACAGCAAAGUCGUGCAAAAAAUUUGGUAUUUCAUCCGAUACGCCAACGCCUUCGGAAGACAAGAGAUUGAUUUUGAGAAGGCACUAAAAUUGAUACUGAGAACAGUGAAAAGCCUCAAAAAUUGGAUCAAUGCGAGGAGUAGUGAUGAAAAUUUGAAUCAAUUAGGAAUUUGGUGAGAUUUUUUUGGAUUUUUUUGUUUUUAUUAGAGGAUUUUUGGCCGGAUUGAUGUGUGAAAAGGAGAAAUAGGAAAUUUACGGUAGUCAUAGGAAUGCAUUACCCAAUUUUUACCCAAAAUUUGAUUUUUUUUGAAAUUUUUUGUAAAAAAUUGGGGGUUUUGAUCGAAAUUCGGCUUUUAUCGCUGUAUUCUGGAGGUUUUUUGAGUUGAUUUGGAUGUCUGAAGGACUGUAAAUAAUCGUGCUGUAAUUUGGCAUAGAAAAAAGGUCAUAUUUCUGAUGAAAAAUUGAUAAUUUUAAAAUUUUUUCGUAAAAAAUGACCAAUUUUGACGAAAAAUUUUAUUUUUUGAAUUUUUAGGCUGUUUGGAACCAAUUUAACCAUCCAUUCUGGCGCUGACAAUCUCACUGAUCUCAUAAACAACCUCCGAAUUGACGAUUUACCACGAAGCAACACCUCAUUCAGCUCGAAUUUCUCAUCAGAAUCGAUGAAAAGCGAAACGAAAGCGAAAAGAUCCAUCCUAGUGGAUGUAAAACAGGGUUCGUAA